UCACCAGCGACGAAGAGUUCGAAUAUCGGUAAACAUAAAGGGUUUACCUAGCUCUGUGCCAUCAUCUGAUUCUAUAUAUCACUCAUCAUCCUAGGACCGUCUGUCCGAGAGCUAUUGAAGAACAAACUCCGAAUCUCCAAACCUGAGACCGAUACACCGAGGCGCAGUUGAUGUUGGACCUCCGUCAGCAGCAACAUGUACCCCAGCGCUGCGCCAGCGGGAUGCCCGCCCUACAACUCCAAAAACGGGCACGGUAAUGGACUCUACCCGCUACCUCAGGCCUUCCUUCAACAUCACCAGCAACUAGCUGAGGCUCCACGAAACAUCGCUAACACAAAUUUCCAUGGUCGGUCCCUGCCUGCAGGUCCUUCAGAUAUUCCCCCAUAUGAUUGGAAGCCAAGUCCCAGCACCCCACCUGGUCCUCAUGCAUCUGCACUGGCCAACAUGAGGAAGAGGCACAGUGGAGACCACAGCCCGUAUAAUGUAAAGAGGCAGCACUUCAGUUCCCCUGUCCCCCAUCAUGGCAGUCCUCCUGCUGUCGGCUCCUCUCCCUCGGUAUCCCGCCCUGGCCCCAGGGAAACACAGUAUUCCCUAAUCCAGCACUCCCCUCUCAGCCCCCAACCGUCUGCCCCACGGAUGCCCCCCCUGUGGGGAGAGAACCCUCAUAGCUCACUGCAGGCUUAUGCCAAGGACAAGCUGAGUGGUCAGAUGGUGGAGCUUUUUGAGGCAUGCCAGCAGCAGUCGACUGACCUGGAGAGGAAGGAGCUGUGCAGAGCUCAACUACAGAGAGAGAUCCAGAGACUCUUCCCAUUGGUGAGGUUGUACCUGGCUGGUUCUUCUCUGAGUGGUUUCGGCAGCAGGAACAGUGAUGCUGACCUCUGUUUGGUCAUCCAAGCAGCACCAGUGGACCAGAGGAAUGAUGCUGUGUAUGUACUCAGUCUCAUUCAGCAGCUCUUCUACAGACUCUCGUACAUAGAGAGACCGCAGCUGAUCCGAGCCAAGGUCCCCAUCCUCAAAUUCAGAGACAAAGUCAGUGGAGUCGAGUUUGAUCUGAACGUAAACAACACUGUAGGGAUCAGAAACACCUUCUUGCUGAGGAGUUACGCCUACGCUGAGCGGCGUGUGCGUCCCAUCAUCUUGGUGGUAAAGAGGUGGGCCAGACAUCACAGGAUAAACGACGCCAGUAAAGGAACACUCAGCAGCUACACUCUAGUACUGAUGGUACUACACUACUUACAGACUUUGCCUGAACCAGUCAUUCCCUCUCUGCAGAAGGAAUAUCCAGAGUGUUUUAAUCCAUCCAUGGAUAUCCACCAUGUGCCUGAGGGUCCAAGAGACAUCCCCCCCUACUCCUCCUCUAACCAGGCCUCACUGGGAGAGCUGCUGCUGGGCUUUCUCAAGUACUACACCUCCGUCUUUAGGUGGGAUAAACAGGUGAUCUCGGUGCGAGAGGCUAAGGCUUUGCCCAAGUCAAAUAGUCUAGAGUGGAGAGACAAGUUCAUCUGUGUGGAAGAGCCAUUUGAUGGCACCAACACAGCCAGGGCAGUCCAUGAGAAGGUCAAGUUUGAUGCCAUCAAAGCACAGUUCGCUGAGUCGUGGCAGAUGCUCCAGCUGAGAAAGGAUCUCAACUUCAUCCUCCCAAUCAGAAACACCAUCCAGAGAUGAGGAGGAGGAACUGUGAGUGACUUAGCUGUACAGAGGAAAUCUGCCUGGUCUGUCCUGGGUCUUUCUGCUGGGUUGUACAGUCUCCGUCUCCCUCCUCAGCAUGCGAGGAGCCCUACCAUUCAGACUCUUCACGUUCUCCUGACUCACCUGCCAAUAUUACGGACACAGAAGAGAAAUAAAAGAAAGCAUAACCUCUGAUAUUUGAAGAGGAUACAUGAGAUUGCUGCUAAAGUGUGUGUGUGGUCUGAAGUAUUGCUGCAGCCUCGCAUAGGGGCCGAUUCAGACUUAGUAAUUGUACGCCUUUCUUAGGCAUGCCUUUCCUACGCACUUCUCAGUAGUUGGUAUUCAGACUUCAGGCAUGUAACGAGGUUUGUGGGGGGGGGGGGGGGGGAAUUCAAUGGAAUGGAAUGGAUGGAAAUGGAAUUCAACCCCAGAAAACAUACCAAUUUGAUCAGGGAGUUUUUGUUCAGUUAUACUGAAUAAAAAUAUAAAUGCAACAUACCUCAAUUUCAGAAAAUUUACUGAGUUACAGUUAAUUUAAAAGAAAUCAGUCAAUAUAAAUUAAUUAAUUUGGCCCUAAUCUAUGGAUUUCACAUGACUGGGCAGGGGCGCAGCCACGGGUGGGCCUGGGAGGGCAUAGGCCCACCCACUUGGGAGCCAGGCCCAGCCAAUCAAAAUGAGUUUUUCCCCACAAAAGGGCUUUAUUACAGACAGAAUCCUCAGUUUCAUCAGCUGGCUUGGUGGCUGGUCUCAGACGAUCCCUCAGCUGAAGAAGCCGAAUGUGGAAUUCCUGGGCUGGCGUGGUUACACGUUGUCUGCGGUUGUGAGGCCGGUUGGACGUACUGCCAAAUUCUCUAAAACUGUGUUGGAGGCGGCUUAUGGUAGAGAAAUUAACAUGUCAUUCUCUGUCAACAGCUCUGGUGGACAUUCCUGCUGUCAGCAUGCCAAUUGCACACUCUCUCAAAACUUGAGACAUCUGUGGCAUUGUGUUGUGUGACAAAACUGUACAUUUUAGAGUGGCCUUUUAUGCACCUGUGUAAUGAUCGUGCUGUUUAAUCAUCUUAUUGAUAUGCCACACCUGUCAGGUUGAUGGAUUAUCUUGGCAAAGGAGUAAGACUCACCAAGAGGGAUGUAAACAAAUUUGUGCACAAAAAUUGAGAGAAAUAAGGUUUUUGUGUGUUUGGAAAAUGUCUGUGAUCUUUUAUUUAAGCUCAUAAAACAUGGGACCAAAACUUUA